GAGCGGCGAGGAGCGGAGCGGAGGAGAGGGGAGAGAGGGGAGCGAAGGCGCAAGGCGAAGGAGGAGGAAGAGGAGGAGGAGGAGGGCGAGGAGGAGGGAGGAGGAGGAGGAAGCAGGCGCCCGGGCGCCCCGCUCCGCGCACGGCGGGGCGCAGCAGCCGCCCCCCGCUCCCGCUCCCGGUCCCGGUCCCAGCCCCGGCCCCAGCCAUGAAGGCGGCGGUGGACCUGAAGCCCACCCUGACCAUCAUCAAGACGGAGAAGGUGGACAUCGAGCUCUUCCCGUCCGCCGAUAUGGAAUGUGCAGAUGUGCCUUUGUUAACCCCCAGCAGCAAAGAAAUGAUGUCUCAGGCAUUGAAAGCCACCUUCAGCGGCUUUGCGAAAGAGCAGCAGCGGCUGGGAAUCCCCAAAGAUCCCCAGCAGUGGACGGAGACGCACGUGCGGGACUGGGUGAUGUGGGCAGUGAAUGAGUUCAGCCUGAAGGGAGUGGAUUUCCAGAAGUUUUGCAUGAAUGGUGCUGCCCUCUGUGCCCUGGGCAAGGAGUGCUUCCUGGAGCUAGCGCCUGACUUUGUGGGAGAUAUCCUUUGGGAACAUCUGGAGAUCUUGCAGAAAGAAGAGAUAAAACCGUAUCCCGCAAACGGAGUGAAUGCAGCAUAUCCAGAAUCCCGCUAUACUUCAGACUACUUCAUUAGUUAUGGCAUCGAGCAUGCACAGUGCGUGCCUCCCUCCGAGUUCUCCGAGCCCAGCUUCAUCACAGAGUCCUACCAGACCCUCCAUCCCAUCAGCUCGGAAGAGCUUCUGUCCCUCAAGUACGAGAACGAUUACUCCUCAGUCAUCCUGCGUGACCCCGUCCAGACGGACUCCCUGCAGACAGACUACUUCACGAUCAAGCAAGAAGUGGUAACGCCAGAUAACAUGUGCAUGGGGCGUGCCAGUCGAGGUAAAUUGGGCGGCCAGGACUCCUUUGAGAGCAUAGAGAGCUACGACAGCUGCGACCGCCUGACGCAGUCCUGGAGCAGCCAGUCCUCCUUCCAGAGCCUGCAGCGCGUCCCCUCCUACGACAGCUUUGACUCGGAGGACUACCCCGCCGCCCUGCCCAACCACAAGCCCAAGGGCACCUUCAAGGACUAUGUUCGAGAUCGGGCCGAUAUGAACAAGGACAAGCCUGUCAUUCCUGCUGCUGCCCUCGCUGGCUACACAGGCAGCGGACCCAUCCAACUGUGGCAAUUCCUGCUGGAACUGCUCACUGACAAGUCCUGUCAGUCCUUCAUCAGCUGGACGGGCGAUGGCUGGGAGUUCAAGCUUUCCGAUCCAGAUGAGGUGGCCAGGCGAUGGGGCAAGAGGAAAAACAAGCCCAAGAUGAACUACGAGAAGCUGAGCCGUGGCCUGCGCUACUACUACGACAAGAACAUCAUCCACAAGACGGCCGGGAAGCGCUACGUCUACCGCUUCGUCUGCGACCUGCAGAGCCUGCUGGGCUACACGCCGGAGGAGCUCCACACCAUGCUGGACGUCAAGCCGGAUGCCGACGAGUGAAGGCAGCCGGCUGGGGUGGCCGAUGGCCUCGUGUCAUUCUGGAGAGUUGAUGGGACUUAUCUUUUUUAUUUUUUUUCCUUUUUUUUUCGUUAUUUGUUUUUUUAAGAGCAACUCAGAUCUGAUGCUUUGAGGAUGUUGGGAGAGAGGGUGGCGGAAGAGUCAAACUUUCCGUCAAAACCUAAAAAGUUUGGUUUGGAGAAGGAUGGGCCUUUUUUUCUGAAAGCUCCAAGACAGGCUUUUUUGGGGUGAAAUUCUGAGUUUUAAGAAAGCCAGAAAAAUGUAGCUCACUUUAAAAAAAAAAGAAAAAAAAAUCCUCCCCGUCCCUUGCUGUUUAGAAAACCUAUUAACAAACGGAUCCCUUCGGUUAUUGUGCUGUUGGCACAACAAACUGACAGUUCAGGAAAUGACAGUAUUCCUAAGGAUUUGAGGAUUUUAAACUUUUUCGGGGGGGAGGGAAAACAAAAGUGGGUGAAACUUCCUGCUUUGGGGAGGGGCAAUAUAGGAAAAAAAACAAGAACUCAUUGUUGUUCUUGUUACAUCGCCUUUCUGUCGAUUGUCUUCUUUUAUACAAAAGGCAGAAUUUUUGCUAGGAGGGAUCAAGACUUUUUUUUUUUAAUCUGUUAAAGUUUUAUUUUAUUAAAUUUUGUGCCAGUAUUUUUUUUAAAUAGUCUUAAGCUCUAAGAUGGUCUCAGUAUUGCAAUAUUGUGUGUGUUUGUUUCUGUUAUGCCAGCAGAGAGUUUUAUCACAGUGAGGAAAAAAAAAAAAAGAAAGAAGUUUAUGUAGACCCCACUGGAGAAGUGUAGCGCUACGACUCGUGAUCUCUGAAUCGUAUGUGAAGGAAAAUGAACUCCAAACUGGCUCCUGGGGAUGCUGGCUGGGUGUGCCGCUCUUGCUUUGAGUCCCACGCGCUUUGCUCCGCCAUUUGCUGAUAAAGCUGGUUGAAAUUUCCGACAGCGCUUUGUUGUUGUUGCUGUUAAAAAUAGGUCUUUUUUUCUUACAGCUGCGUUUUGUGCACAAAGCGGCUUUCCAAAACGUACCGAGAUGUGCAGCGAAAAUGGCUUUCACGUUUUCCAGGGAGCGUUUUCGCUCAAGGAACACUCUGGUGCUUUCGAGAACUUUUUCAUUUUUGGGGGGUCACGGGAGAGAAAUUCUCAUAUUUUGAAUGUGGUAACUGAAAAACAUACAAAUCGAUGAGGGGAAAAAAUUCGUAAAACAUUGAAAAAACCAAAAGGAAGUGUUUGUUCCUUCCUGUUUUGACCAGCUCUACCUUUAUGGCUAUAUGUCUUAACCAGCCGGGCACAUGCAGAAAGGAAAUUGGCCUUGCAAAUGGGUCCUUUACUGCCCUUUGUAAGGCUGAUCCCGAAAAGCGUGUCAGGGUGUGAUUAACAUGAAGCAUAUGACUGUUGUCUCUGGGGUAAACGAGACGCCUCAUGUGCCUGCCCGUGCACAAGACCGAUGCAGGAUCAGUCCCGGGGGGAGCUGCUCCUCCUGUCCUCUGAGCCUUCUGCAGCUGCUUUGCCUGCAGAGCAGCAACUCCUGCUUCAUCGAGCAGUCCCUGGGAUGCUCUGAGCAAACCGAGGCUGAUGCCAGGGCUGGGCUCGAGGUGACAGAGGACAGGGCAGUGAAAGUUAAAAUACCUAGAUAUGACCCCACAGCCGGACCCGUGUGGAUCCGGCUGCAGAAUCGGGGCUUUUGCCCUGGAGAGCUGUUGGGCAUUUUGUUUUUAAAGACAGUAUUAUGCAUUUGAACCAAAAGUACCUUUUUUUGUGUGUUGUUUGUCUGUCCAUCUGUGUGUUUUAGGUAGCUGCGUUAACACAGAGGCACUGUGAGACAGCGGCGCGGGGGCGAGGCAGGGAGAGGCUUUCCGGAGAUGCUCGGCAGGCGAGGGUGGGCAGGAUGGUGCAGGGGGGAAGAAGCCGGGGGCUUAGGUAAGGGAGGCUGUGGGGUAUGCUCACGGGGCUGGGGCUGCACACCGUCCCGCUGAGCGUACGAAAAAGUAGUGGGGUGGAUGGAAAGGAAGGAAAAGGGGACAGGAGGAAGGUGAAAGAAGCACCAAAGGAGGGAUGAGACGCUGCCUGCUGGGAGGUAAAACUUAGCUGGUUUCCUUGGGCAGAUGGAAGGGAGCAGCUCGGAGCUGGAGAGAGGAAAAACGUAGAUAAUGGGGAGCUGCAGCGAGGCGCCAGGGCUUUACCUGGCAGGGACCAGCUCACCAAGGAGCGGGCACGGUGCAAUGGCACAGAAACAUGCAGCAGACAGGGAGCACAAGGGCACCCCAACAGGGCACACCGUCUGGGUGGGGUUUUCAGCAGCCAGCAGUUUCUGUAGGCUUUCGGUUGCUGUCUUGCAUGCAGCUGCCAAGUGCCCUUAGCUCUCCCUUCAAGGGCCGCUUCCAGCAUGGCUUUGAAAGUCGCUCCUUCUGCCCUUAGAAGUCCUGCCUGUGGCACCACGCCGUGCCCUGGGCAGUGCCUCCUGCCGUGCUUGGCCCAUCAGGUGCUCGGCUGCAGCUGAAGUGCCUUCUUCGAGCAGAAAACAGGGAUGACAUUUCACUCGGAAGGAAACGGGAGUUUCCCAUCGUUCUGCCAGGUGAAAUCCCUCGUCUGCUCUGCUGUGCUGAUUUUUUGAAGGUUUCCAAAAUGGACCUGUUUCACCGACCACAAGAGUCCAUGCCCAGGGAUCUCGGGAAGACUGAUGAAAGGUUAGAAAGGGCAGAUCAUGGAGAAUGGCUCUGUUUUCUGGAAGUAGACCCUAGCCAGAGCUUCCUCACCGUUUCUUAUGGCCGUUUGCCACCCCAGAUUGCAGCCUGUGCGCGAGUGCAGCAGCAAAGGGGCAGUGUCGUCCUAGGGACAUCCUUUAGCCAGGUUCACAAUUCACUAUUUUCCUCUACUUUUUGUUCCCAUUCUAGAGACCAUCCCAGAGAGGGCUGUGUGCUGUUUUUAUACACUGGAAAUUUGCAGAUUUGUUUGUUUUUGUUUUUGUUUCUUUUUAUUUUCUCCCGCUUUUUAAUUGCAUGCUGACUGGUGGAGAGGGAUGUGUGAACCAGAUGUGCUGGAACCCAAACCCUCUCUGACCUCCUCUUCUUCGAGGCCACGAAAAUUUGGUUAACCCAUGCACAUGCUGAACCAGAAAGAUGGGUUUGAGCAGGACGAGAGAUCUGCCAGGGACGGGGCUCGCUCCUGUGCUGGUUUCUCUGCGUGGGGCUGAGCUUCGCCCUCGGCAGAUACCUGUGGCACUUGGCAGUCGGUAAUUGUGUCCUGGUGUGGAACCUCUCCAGUGCAUUGGUGGCUUUGGGUAUUUCCCGUGUCCUGCUCGUGACCUGCUGUUCUCGGUGUCUGACCCCCGCAGGGCACGUCCCCCUCUGUCCCCCUCUGUCCCCUUUGUCCCCUGGCAGAGCCUGAGCCCAGCCCUGGGGGCGCAGCUCUUGCGAGCAGCCUCCCCGGGGCUCGGGAGGCAGUACCCGGCCCUGCUGGGACCCUCCUUUCCCAAUUGGCUUUUUAAGGUGCGUUUCCCAGAGAACGGGUCAUUUCCAACAUCAGGGGAAAGGGACCUCAAUAAAAGGUGGAAAAAAAGCAAGCAGAUCAAAAAGCAAGCAGAUCUAUCUGCUGCUUGUCCCUCUCCAUUCCAUCCCCAUGUACGAUGGCCAGAACCCGGUGAGUGUGCACGUGUAGAUCCAUUUAUUUACACACUACGACCACCCAGCUCCAGGGGCGAUCAUUCAGCGCGAGAUCGCUCUGGAGAAAUGCCCGACAGGGCAAGAAUAAAGAUAUUUUAAGAUUUAACCUCCACACCUAUUCCCAAAGCGCCACCUACUCCAAAAAACGGUCCUGGUAAGCACCAAAAAAUUCAGAUGCCGCAGGAAGCGUCUCCACCUCCUGCCUAUUUCUCUUCUGGAGGGGUUUUCUGUGAGGCUUUGGCGCUUGGUUGCUUUUUCGUCAUAAAUGUCGCAAAUUUUGGAUUCCUUGGCGUGCUCUGCUCUCUGGUAGGGUCUAUAUAACAUCCGUGAGCUGUUGUCUACAUUCCAAAGAGGUUUAAAUAAAUGAUAAAUCUAUGUAUACGUAUAUGUUAUAAUGGAAUAUCUCCAGGAAUUAACUGCCUCAGUUAAAAAAAAAAAAAGUUUUUUUUUGUUCUGUUUUGUUUUUACACAUGGGAUUUUUUUUAAGCUGAUAAACAUAGAAGAAGAAAAAAAGAGAUUGUUAUAUUGUGCUGUUCGACUAUUUUCCAACUUGUAUUUUCAUAUAAUUUAUAUUUUUUAAAAGUGGAAAAAAAUUUUAAAAGCAAGAUUAAAAAAAAAAAGGAAAAAGCAGGUGCUUUUUAAAAAAACUGAGCUGAGGUAGCUUAGAGAUGUAGCGAUGUGUGUGUGUGUCCGUGUGUUGUGUUGUUUUUUUUUUUUUUUUUAAAGGAUACAAAAAAAGUCCCUCCUACAUUGAAUACUUAAAGAAGGAGGGGAUUGGUUUUGUUUUAAUUGCUGAUGCUGGCACAUCAUUUUGCUGGAGAGUUUUUUAUAUACUGUAGCCUUAUUUCAUAUCGUAUUUUAAACCAUGUGAAAUUAAAAGAAGAAUAAUUCAUAA